AUGGUCAAAAAGAAGAACAGGAAAUGGCGAAUGUGUGUAGACUUCACCGAUCUGAACAAAGCAUGCCCGAAAGAUUCCUUCCCGCUACCAUAUAUCGACCAACUGAUUGACGCGACAGCAGGGCACGAACUGCUGAGUUUUUUAGAUGCCUACUCCGGUUACAACCAAAUUCUAUUGGCCGAAGAAGAUCAGGAAAAAACGACUUUCAUCACUCGCCAAGGAAUUUACUGCUAUAAAGUGAUGUCGUUCGGACUCAAGAAUGCGGGGGCCACUUACCAGAGGUUAGUCACCAAAAUGUUCAAAGAACAGCUCGAAAAAAUAAUGGAGGUCUAUAUCGAUGAUAUGCUGGUAAAGUCGGCAAAGAAGGAGGACCACAUUAGCCAUCUGAAAGAAGCCUUCGAGAUAUUGAGGCGGUACGGGAUGAAGUUAAACCCGGAAAAGUGCGCCUUCGGCGUGGCCUCAGGGAGAUUCUUAGGCUUUCUCGUGUCGCAACGGGGAAUCGAUGUCAACCCAGAUCAAAUCAAAGCCAUCGACACAAUACCUAAGAUGUCACAAAUUCUUCAACGUAUUAAGAAAAGACCACGGGCUGCAAUGGAACGAGGAAUGCAUCGACGCCUUGAGGAAGCUAAAAGUGUACCUGUCCUCACCACUACUCGUCAAAGCAGACCCAGAAAUAUUGCCCGCGGCGGAACAGGAAGCGCUUCGCGCUUCCGCAUGUACCGACCUUUGGACCCUCUAUACCAAUGGCGCUUCGAACGCCUCGGGAUCGGGACCUGGACUCAUCCUCGAAGUCCCCACGGGCGAGGUCUAAAGUUAGCCCUCAAGUAUGGCGUGCGACGACUCAUCCUCCAUUGCGACUCCCAACUCGUUGUAAAUCAACUCACCGGGACUUACCAAAUCAAAGGGAAGAGACUACAGAGGUAUCAGUCAGAAAUCCGUAAACUACUACCAGAGUUUGACGAAUGCCGCCUCGACCAGAUCCCCAGGGCACAAAACAUGGAAGCAGAUGGCCUCGCCAAAUUAGCUGCUGCCACCAAAAAUAUUAACAAGGAAAGCGUGAUCACCCUCCUUCACUCAGCCAUAGACCACAUCGAGGUACUUUCUCUGAACCUAACUUGGGACUGGCAAAACCGCCUUGUGUACUAUUUACAGGAUGGAAUACUCCCGCAAGACAAGAAAGAGGCCAAGAAACUCCGGGUGCAGGCAGCUCGAUACAGCCUGGUAAAUCAUGACCUCUACAAAAGAACAUUUGGCGGCCCCCUAGCCAAAUGUCAUGGACCGCACCUAACUAGGCAAGUACUGGAGGAAGUACAUGAGGGUCACUGCGGCGCCCAUACAGGGAAUCGCACCCUCGUUCGAUGUCUUAUUCGCGCCGGCUAUUACUGGCCCACUAUGAAAAAAGAAGCCGCGGACUACAUCCGGAGAUGCGUGCAAUGCCAAAAGUAUGCCCCUAUGAUACAUCAAGCAGGGGAACUCCUCCAUUCGGUCACCUCGCCAUGGCCUUUCAUAAAGUGGGGAAUGGACAUAGUCGGCCCUCUGCCAGCAGGACAAGGAAAGGUUCGUAUGCUCAGAUACGUGAAUAGGAGGUCAUCGCCUUCAUAUGGAAAAAUAUUAUAUGCCAUUUCGCUCGAGGAAGCUAAAGGGCUAAGGCCCGAACUACUGCCUGAAGUAUUGUGGGCACACCGAACUACGCCAAAAUCCAGCACGGAAGAAAUGCCCUACUCACUUGUCUAUGGGACCAACGCAGUCAUACCUGUCGAGGUCGGAGAACCCAGCCUGAGAUCCUCGCAUAUAAGCGGUGCGGAUAACGACGAAAGUAGGUUACAAGACCUAGAUGAAAUUGAAAAACGGAGAGACAUGGCCCAUGUGAGAAUGAUUGCCCAGAAGCAGCAAAUGGAGAGAUACUACAACAAAAAGGCCAAAUUGAGGCCAAAGGAGUACCUGGAAAUUAGACCAAAAAUAAGAGGAAUUGGAGGUCAGAUACACAGCAGCAGAGUAACAGAUGCAAUCUCAGCAAAGUCUCAGCAAAUCCAAUAUAAAAACCCAGGAGUUGGAUGUGGCGAACCCCAGAAAUCAGGUUCAAUCAAGCAAAGGACCCAGCUGAACUUAAAACCAGACUUUGAUGGUUGA